AUGCCGCGCGUUACUAGGGCAAGCUGCCUUCCCCAAAGCCAGCCUGCUAUUCAAAUCUUCACCAAGGCAACCAAGGCCGGUGUUACACCACAGCUGCCCGCUAAAAAAACCGUGUCCCUGCCCGUUUCCCCAUCGAAAAAGAGAAAGCUCCAGGAAAUCGAGAAUGUCGACCGUCCGGGUCCGCAGUCUGUCGAGGAGCAACCCGACACUCCUUCCAAGACCCUGAAAAUCAGCCAAUUAUCUGUUUCCUCUCCACGCAGCGGCCACUAUGCUACACCAAAGCGCACUCCUAGUCGCCGGACUCGUGUGUCCACUAUUGCCGAGAGCCCCUCGACUCCCGAUACCCCCUCCAAACAGCGAACUCUCAACUUCGCGAAGGUUGUGCCUGCCCCGAAAGAGCCUGUCCUCGCACCUCGAGUUCCCUGUGUGACCGACUUUUUGGAUAUGCAUUCCGCUUUCGUCAAGGCCCUCUCUAUUUACAUCGCCCACAAUGGCCCCAUCUCUCCUGCCGAUAUCCGAGAAUUCCUACCCAGCAUCACUCGCAUUUGGAAGAAGCGCAAGGUUCAGACUAAGGACUUGCAGCGCCUUGUGUGGGUGUGGGAUCACAGCUUGAAGGCCAAGGACAUCUCCUACCGACUGGCAAACUAUGGACUGGGUAAAGUAUGCCUUGAGCGACAUGUGCAGAUCGACGAACAGGGCUCCGCUUUGCAGGACGCGUUUGAGCAGGCUUUCGAUUUGCUUUGGGAGCAGACGGAGGAUUCCUUGAAAGAAAUCAAUGAAGAGGAUCGCCCCGCAAUUUUCCUCGAGACUCUUGGCCUAGCUUGCAUUCAUGAAUCCCUCACCCCCUUCACUGCGUUCCAGAAAGGUCAACAACGACUGCAGGACUUGAAAGGCGGUGUUAUCCGUAUGAAGACUGAGAUGCUGCGUUCGGAAGGCAACACAAUCAACUCGAAGCCCUUGGCUGCUACCAGCAAUCGUCGCCAAGGCCUCUUGGAACGAUUGAAGAACAAAGAGCUACGCCAGUCCAAGCUCCCUCCCCCACCUACCAAGAAGGAGCUUGUCCGCCGCUCGGCUGCUGAGCAUGUGGAGGAGGUUGCUGGCAUCUUGGCCCUUCUGCGUCCGGCUGGAUAUGUUGGCACUGGUAUCAAGGCCAUGCUUGCCAAUCAGCGCAAACCUUUCAGGCUUGAGACUAUCAUCCAACAUGUCCGGGAUUCCAUUCGCACCCCAAUUCCCGCCGAGGAGGUCAAGAUCUGCAUUGAAAUGCUGGCUGAUUCACGUGUAGCUGGCAACUGGGUCAACUUGGUGACUAUCAAAGAUAUGCAGUCAGUCGUGUUGAAGUCUUGCAAGGAUAUUGCAGUCAAGGAUAUCAGUGCCAAAGUCGCCUUGUUGAAGGCUGAUUGGGACAAGACUGCAUCCUGUGUGCCCGUGCCUGUCUUGAGAGUUUGA